GACACAAAAAAAAAUCUGAUAGAUUCUGUAGAGGUAGAUAUAUAAUUAAGGGUGCCAGUUCUCUCUAUCUUACAAAGUGAAAAACACGUGUUUUUUUUUAGUUUAAAUUUCAUCCAAUCGCUUUUGCUAUAAACAGGCUUUGCUUGUGGUAGAGAGGGAAACAGAGAGGGAGAGAGCAAAGCUGCUGUUUGGUGUUGAGUAAUUGUGGAGUGAAAGUUGAAAACAAAAUUAUCAGUGGCUUUGAUAUUUUAGGAAUCAUGUUGACAAUGGAGUUGUCUUCUGUGUAUUUAGGUUUCAGUGUUGCAGCUGGAAUUGCUGGUAAUGUCUUUGCAUUUGUGUUGUUUGUCUCACCAAUACCAACAUUUAAGAGAAUCAUCCGAAACAAGUCAACGGAACAAUUCUCAGGAUUGCCUUACAUAUAUGCCUUUCUGAAUUGCUUGAUAUGCCUCUGGUAUGGCUCGCCUGCCGUGAAGACUGGGAUCAUAUGGGUGGCUACAGUCAAUUCAUUUGGGGCAGUUUUCCAGUUAAUCUACAUAAGCAUUUUCAUCGCUUAUGCUGAAAAAGAAAUUAAGGUGAGGAUGCUGGGAUUGCUACUGGUAGUUCUUGCUAUUUUUGGAUUGAUAGUCUAUGUGAGCUUAAAAGUUUUAGACUAUGAUGGAAGGCAGAUAUUUGUCGGAUAUUUGAGUGUUUUUUCACUUAUCUCAAUGUUUGCUUCACCGCUGUUUAUCAUAAAAUUGGUGAUAAAAACAAGGAGCGUCGAGUUCAUGCCAUUCUAUCUUUCUCUUGCAACCUUCUUGAUGAGUCUCUCUUUCUCUGCAUACGGAGUGUUCAAGGAAGAUCCAUUCCUAUAUGUUCCGAAUGGUAUUGGAACAAUUUUGGCUAUUGUCCAAUUGGCUUUGUACUUCUACUACAGCAAUCUAUCUAAGAAAGGCUUGAGAGAACCCUUGAUAGUUACAUAUGUGUGAACAAACUCGUAUAACUGAAGAUGUUCUCAUUUGCUGAAAACAACAUGUAUCUGUCUAGAGGAAGAGGUUUCAAUCGAGAUUCAAUAGCAGGAAAGAGCAUUAGCACUAAAUAAGAAGCUUGGCCUUAACAGUGAAAAAGUACAUCGGAAAAAAAAAUCAUUUACCACAGUCUGUUCUUGGCCAGUAAGGGUUAGGUGAUAAUGUAGUACCAGAUUUUGGAAAUGUUAUAUGUGUAAAAUGUAGAGUCUGAAAGUUCAAAAGUGGUUUGGGUUUGUUUGGUUGGUAUAUUUGUCUACAACACAAGCAACUCAGUGAACAGUUUUUAAAGCAUAGAUCUGUGAAUAUGCAGAAAUUCUACAUCGUUAUAUAAGUUGUGAUCCCUUUUUAACCCAGA